AGAAAAAGAAGAACGUGGAGAAGCAGAAGAUUGUGUGGUGGUCAGCCGUCCAUGCCUCCGCGGUUAUACAGUGUUGAUGGAGGAACAGAAACAAGUGCUGAACGAAGAACAAUAGGAAUGACCAGAGGCUGACGCCAGUCCUUGGUCUAAAAAGUGUAACGAGGUGUGACCAGGCAGACCAGAGGCUCUGGAAAUGAAUGAGAUCCUGUUUCAGUUCUUCUCCUGCCCCCAGCGUCCACUUCCCUACAGUACUCUGUAAACCUACAUAUACUUCCAUAAAUAUAUAAGGACAUUCCAGUUAGGGGACUGUUAAGCUACUGAAACGGACUACAUAAGCAUGUCAUCUGAUACCCUUCACAUGAACACAUCUCACAGACAAACACAGAAACAUAGCAUGAAGAGAACUCACUAUUGCUUGGAGUGUGGGAAAAGUUUUGAUCGACAGAGUCAUCUUAAUAUACACCAGCGUAUUCACACAGGAGAGAAACCGUAUCACUGUUCGGAGUGUGGGAAAAGUUUCACUCAAAAGUGUACUCUCCAAAAACACCAGGUCAUUCACACAGGAGAAAAGCUGUAUCACUGCUCAGAAUGUGGUAAGAAGUUUAAUCGACAGAGUACUCUUCAAACCCACCAGCGCAUUCAUACAGGAGUUAAACCAUAUCACUGCUCAGAGUGUGGGAAGAGUUUUAGUCUACGGAGUACUCUCCAAAAACACCAGCGCUUUCACACAGGAGAGAAGCCGUAUUUCUGUUCAGACUGUGGGAAGGGUUUUACUCAACAGAGUAAUCUCCUACAACAUCAGCGCAUUCACACAGGAGAGAAGCCAUAUUACUGCUCAGUAUGUGGGAAGAGUUUUACUGUACAGAGUCAUCUCCAAACACACCAGCGCAUUCACACAGGAGUUAAACCAUAUUGCUGCUCAGUAUGUGGGAAGAGUUUUACUGUACAUAGUAAUCUCCAACAACACCAGCUCAUCCACACAGGAGAGAAGCCAUAUCACUGCACAGAGUGUGGAAAGGGUUUUACUCAACAGGGUGCUUUCCUAAGACACCAGCGCAUUCACACAGGAGAAAAGCCGUAUCACUGCUCAGAGUGUUGGAAGAGUUUUACCAUGCAGAGUUCUUUCCAACGACAUCAGCGCAUUCACACAGGAGAAAAGCCAUACCAUUGCUCAGAGUGUGGGAAGAGUUUCACUAUACAGAGUAAUCUCCAACAACAUUUGCGCAUUCACACAGGAGAGAAGCCAUAUUACUGCUUAGAGUGUGGACAGAGCUUUAGGCAUUCAAAAAGUCAUCUCAAAAUACACCAGCGCAUUCACACAGGAGAGAAGCCAUAUCACUGCUCAGAGUGUGGGAACUGUUUUACUCUGAAGUGUACUCUCCUAAAACACCAGCGCAUUCACACAGGAGAGAAGCCGUAUUGCUGCUCAGAAUGUGGGAAGAGGUUUAAUCGACAGAGUACACUCCAAACCCACCAGCACAUUCAUACAGGAGUUAAACCAUAUCACUGCUCAGAGUGUGGGAAGAAUUUCAGUCUACAGAGUUCUCUCCGAAAACACCAGCGAUUUCACACAGGAGAGAAGCCGUAUUUCUGUUCAGAGUGUGGGAAGAGUUUUCCUCAACUGAGUUCUCUUCAGCAACAUUGGCACAUUCACACAGGAGAGAAACCGUAUCACUGCUCAGAGUGUGGAAAGAGUUUUAUUGGACAGAGUCAUCUCCGGGAACACCUGCGCAUUCACACAGGAGUGAAGCCCUAUUACUGCUCAGUAUGUGGUAGGAGUUUUACUAUACAAAGUAAUCUUCAACAACACCAGCUCAUUCACACAGGAGAGAAGCCAUAUCACUGCACAGAGUGUGGGAAGAGUUUUACUCAACAAGGUUCUUUCCAAAGACAUCGGCGCAUUCACACAGGAGAAAAGCCGUAUCACUGCUCAGUAUGUGGGAAGAGUUUUACCCAACAGAGUUCUUUCCAAAGACAUCAGCGCAUUCAUACAGGAGAGAAGCCAUAUAACUGCUCAGAGUGUGGGAAGAGUUUUACUAUAAAGAGUAAUCUCAAACAACAUCAGCGUAUUCACACAGAAGAGAAGCCGUAUCACUGCUCAGAGUGUGGAAAGAGUUUCAGACAGUCAAAUUCUGUGAAGACACACAAAUGCACUGAGAGCAGUGUUAGAAGUGGGCAAAAUCCUUACUGCUUAGAGUGUGGAAAGAGUUUUACUCGAAAAAGUACUGUCAAAAUACACCAGCGUAUUCACUCCGGAGAGAAGCCGUAUCACUGCUCAGAAUGUGGGAAGAGUUUUAAUCGUCAGAGUCAUCUCCAGCAACACCAGCGCGUUCACACAGGAGAGAAGCCGUAUCGCUGUUCAGAAUGUGGGAAGAGUUUUAAUCGUCAGAGUCAUCUCCAGCAACACCAGCGCAUUCACACAGGAGAGAAACCGUAUCACUGCUCAGAGUGUGGGAAGUGUUUUAAUCAUCAGAGUACUCUCCAACAACACCAGCGCAUUCACACUGGAGAAAAGCCAUAUCACUGCUCAGAGUGUGGGAAGAGUUUUAAUCGUCAGAGCCAUCUCCAAGAACACCAGCGGAUUCACACAGGAGAGAAACCAUAUCACUGCUCAGAGUGUGGGAGGAGUUUUAAUCAACAGAGUAAUCUCCAACAACACCAGCGCAUUCACACAGGAGAGAAGCCUUAUUACUGCUCAGAGUGUGGAAAGAGUUUUAAUCAAUUGAUUCAUCUCCAGCAACACCAGCGCAUUCACACAGGAGAGAAGCCUUAUUACUGCUCACAGUGUGGGAAGAGCUUCAGACAUUCAAAGACCGUGAUGACACACAAGUGCACUAAGAGCAGUGGUAGAAAUAGAAAGUAAUGAGUGUAACCAUAACACAUUCCUAGAGUUAAAGUCUCCAGGGAAUGGUGCUAUGAUCCCAGAUUUCAAACAGUUUUAAGGUCCCCUGUUGUUGUUUUACACUGUUUCUAAAACAUAUCCAUAAAUUAAAUAUAAUUUCCUGUGCUGAACACCCAUUCAAGCCUGUGGCUCACACACCCAGUGAGAAAGUGUAGUAUUUCAGCUUCUCCCAAAAUUUGUUUCAUUUGUAUUAUAUGUUGAAAACUAUUAUGAAGGUGCACAAUCAAUAAAAAAGAUUCUUUACUUUGUAAUUUAGUAUAUCCAAGAAAGUAUAGUGUUUUGGUUGCAAUGAUGGAUGUUUUGAAGAACAUUUAACAAUGUGCUUAGUUCCUUGAGUGCCUCUUUUGCUCCUUUGUCUUGCACGUUAAGUAGUAGGUUGUUGCAAUGAAAGUGACACUUUGCCUGUCUUUGCCUUUUAACCUCUAGGAUUUUUUUUUUGUAUGCUGUUUGUUUGAAAUGUUCUUGUGGAGGACAAUAAUAUAGGAAAGGUGAUCCUGAAAACUGCAAUAGUGAAACUUUUAAAUUCUAAGGACUGCAAGACAUCACACCAUCUGAAUAACAUACAGGUGAUCUCUCCUUCGUUUGGCCUACACAUUCCUAUUCUACAUAGCAUGAAGUUGCAUGCAGGCUGGACUACAAUUCAUCCCUUUAUUUCCCAAUACUGUUUUCAUAGACUUUAAGUAUUGUUGAUGAAUUAUGUGACACUUGGAGAGUGACAUGAGAUUAGGACUUUGUUAAUGCCCAUCUCCAGUCUAUCUUUCCAGACAUGGGGACGGACAACGGUACAGGAAUUUGAACUAGGUUUUUCCAUCAUCAUAUAACUGGGUGAUUGGAGACCAUUUGGAGUUGUUCAAGCCCUUGGGCCUUACUGAGACGGACUCUUGCUGAUGUCAUUACGAUGCACAUGAGGGACAGUAUCCUUAUUUACUGAAUCUCACCAAUGCCACUGUUCAGUUUUGUUCCUGAAGCAAUCCAAGUAUGCAUUAUAACAAUUUUGAUUUCUAAUGGUGAAUCAGUAUGUGUAAGAAAUUCUGUAUGUAGAAUGUCUAAUUUACACAUGCUUUGUAUUAAAUGUAUAAGCACUUUUA